AGAGUUCGUCUUCAAUGUCUGUCUCCGUCUCUCAUACCUUUUGAACAAUCCUCAAAACCUCUCGACCUCCGCCGAUUUUAGCUUCUCGUUCUCUCUCUGCUUCGCUAUUAGUCUUUGCUUCAAGGAUGGGAAAGGCAAAGAAGCCUCAGAAGUUUGCUGUUAUGAAGAAGACGAUAAGCCACAAAGCUCUCAAGCACUACAAGGAGGAGGUUCUAAAUCCAAACAAGAAGGACCUCACUGAACUUCCCAGAAACGUACCAAAUGUUCCAUCAGGGAUGUUCUUUUCUCACAACACUAACAUGGUUCCUCCUUACCGAGUUUUGGUCGACACUAACUUCAUCAACUUCUCUAUCCAGAACAAGAUUGAUAUUGAGCAGGGAAUGAUGUUCUGUCUUAACGCAAAAUGCACACCUUGUAUCACUGACUGCGUCAUGGCUGAGCUUGAGAAGUUAGGCCAGAAGUAUCGUGUCGCUCUAAGGAUUGCGAAAGAUCCUCGCUUUGAAAGACUACCUUGUGUACACAAAGGGACAUAUGCUGAUGACUGUCUCGUUGACAGAGUUACUCAGCAUAAGUGCUUCAUGGUGGCUACUUGUGAUCGAGACUUGAAGCGAAGGAUUCGAAAGGUUCCUGGUGUGCCUAUUAUGUAUUUGGCGGGGCGCAAGUACUCAGUAGAGAGGCUGCCUGAAGCAACACUUGGUAGAGCGAAAACGGCAGCGUUUAGUUUAGAGUUCUCAAUGGGUCCAUGAUGAUUGUCUCAAAAUUUAUCCCAAACCUUCUUUGAUACCGCGAUCCUUCUUGGAGAUCCUCAUCGCAACAACAUCACAAUCGUUAGAAUGCUAGGAUAUUAACAGAUACAGCGAUCCUUCUUGGAGAUUCUCAUCGCAACAACAUCUCGAUCGUUAGAAUGCUAGGAUAUUAACAGAGAUGUUCAGAUAAGUGUUGUUUAGAAUUUAAUGUAAAAUUUAUUAACUUUCUAUAUUGUAUGAUUCUUUAUAUAUUUUCAGUUUCCUACUAGUUGAAAUAUGAUUAGUUGUAUAAUUAAUGAUGUUUUUAUUUAUAAAAUAUACAAAAUUAAAUAUUUUCUUAAUCUAUGUGUACAAAUCUAGAACGACACUUAAAGUUACUUGUAGCCUUGUAGGUUAGGCUUAACUUAGAAUGCUAGGAUAUUAACGCAAAAGAGAGAUGUACAUAGAUUUUGUGAAAUAUGUUGGGGCGAGUUUGUCAUCCAGCUCUUCUAUCAUUCUACAUGUCAGAUGUAAUAUGAGUCUCUACACAGGAAACUAUAACUAAUAUGGGCCUCUAAAUCACCGUAUUUUCCGCUAUAAAAUCAAUAUCGGCCAUGAGUAGUAGUAUGCUCAUUAUUGAGCUUUAUACUGUCCGCGUUGAAUAUAGUCCAAGGAUAAAACGUUGCGCCACGAUUCUAUAGUAGUUCUCAAAACAUAUAUUUACAAAUUUGGAAUCGUCUCUACAAAUCACCAUAAAUCAUUUUUUUCAUGUCAUGACAUGAUUGUUCUAAUGUUCUCUACUAAUAAAACUAUAACAUUCUUUUCAUGUCGUUGUUUUACCCAUAUUCAACUUUUGUCAAAAAAGCAGGAAUCGGCCUACGUAUGGGCUCUGGAUCUCGAGUAGAAAGUCGAGGAGAGGAUGGCAGAGAUGAGGUGGACCCAGACAACAUCGGAUCAAAUGAUGAAGCGCUGAAUGAAUCCAUUAUUCUGACCGGUUGAUUUUUUAACCAUUUUAGAUUUAACUCAAGGCCAGACCGGCCGGGUACUAUUUAAUUACUUUGUUGAGUACGAACCUGGCUGCAACUUUGUGUAACACACAUCACAAACACCAAAAGCUCACACACUCAUGUUCAGUAAACAUCAUCUCGUACCAUUCGUACUUAUCUCAUAACUGAAGCUCAACGAGAAUGAAUGUA